UUCCAAAAGUCCACAGCUAGUCACAUUUACCGCACGUUGAGCCUUUGCGUGAACGGAGCAGGUGGUUUACGGUUCGUCUCGCUGGAAAUAAUAGCCCGGUGCGACUUGGACCAUGGAUGAACAUGUCGCUGCUAUGUGUGAGCAACUUAUCAAGGCUGUGAACGUUACCAUGGAUCCGGAAUCGAGUCAAAUAUACCGGCUGGAGGCCCUAAAGUUUUUCGAGGAGUUUAAAGAAAAAAGUCUCCUGUGUGUCCCCUGCGGCUUUCAUCUCGCGGACAAAGCUCAGCCCGCGCAAAUCAGACACUUUGGCUUGCAAAUUAUGGAACACGUCAUUAAAUUCCGAUGGAACGAUAUGCAGCAACAUGAGAAAAUCCAAGUCAAAGACUGCACCAUGCAGCUGUUGUCACAAGGUACACAUCCCAUCUUAGAAGAGGAAAGCUACAUUAAAGACGUCCUCUCACGAGUUGUGGUGGAAAUGAUCAAGAGGGAAUGGCCGCAGAAUUGGCCCAACAUGCUGGAGGAGAUGGAAACGCUCUCAAACGAAGGGGAAGCCCAAACUGAGCUGGUUAUGCUGAUCCUGCUCAGGCUGGCAGAGGACGUGAUCACCUUCCAGACGUUGCCUCAGCAGCGGCGCCGAGACAUCCAGCAGACGCUGUCGCAGAACAUGGAGAGCAUCUUCAACUUCCUCAUGGCCAUUCUACACGCCAACAUCGAAGACUACCGAAAGCUGAAAGUGUUGCCACAACAUGAACUAAAGGCCAGAGCUCACUGUAGAGUGGCGGUGGUGACCCUGAGCACGCUAGCCGGCUACAUCGACUGGGUUUCUCUGACGUACAUCACAUCGGACAACUGCCGUCUGCUGGAGAGCUUAUGUCUGCUGCUAAGCGAGCCGGAGCUUCAGCUGGAGGCCGUGGAGUGCCUCCUGAUCGCCAUCAGUCGAAAGGGCAAACUGGAGGAAAGAAAGCCUUUCAUGUUGCUGUUUGAUGACGUCGCCAUCAAUUACAUCCUUUCUGCAGCUCAGUCAGCAAAUAUUCCUGCCACCCCCACACAACCAGUAGAGGUGGUGGAGCGACGGUACGUGUUCCUCAAGAGGCUGUGCCAAGUCCUAUGCGCGCUCGGAAAUCAACUCGUCUCUCUGGUGGGUUCAGACGUUAAAGUGGAUGUUCCCGCAAACCUCGGCAAGUACUUGGAAGCUUUGUUGGCGUUUACAACACAUGCAAGCAUGUUUCUGCGCUCGACCACCCUGCUCACAUGGGCGUCCAUCUUCCGGCACGAAACUCUUUCCCAAGAACCCGUCGUCGUCAAAAUGACCAUCAAGUACCUCAAAGCGUCCACGACCAACCUCGUCAAGACGGGAUUUCCGUCCAGGAACGAUCACCCGAGUUGCCAGUUCUCGCGGGUGGACUUCGACAGCGACGAGGAUUUCAACGCUUUCUUUUUUUCAUACCGGUCGUGCCUGGGACAAGGCGUGCGCUGUGCGUGUCGGAUCGUUCCCUUGGAGGCGUUCGAGAUGUCCGCCAUGUGGCUGCGAUUACUGCUCGGCAACAUUAACGAACCACCUCCAGGCGAGGGCUUAUGUCCGCGCUUGUCCGCUCCAGCUCUCGAAUGGGACGCCGCCACUGUGUUCCUGGAGUGCGUGGUGCCACAUGUGUUGAAGACUCUGGACGAGGAGAAGUUACCGGUAGACGUGAGCAUGGAGCUGCUGGAGGCCGUGCUAAACUACGACAGCCAAGACCCUCACGUGGUAUCCUGCGUGCUCACCAUCGUGUCCACCCUGUUCCCCUUAAUCCAACACAGACUUCAGUUCCUGCCUCAGGUCCUUUUCAAGCUGUUUGAAACGGCGACAUUUCAGCCGGUUCAGGAAGCGAAGGCACUACGUAGCCGAGCCGUAACCAGCGUGAGGAGACACGCCGGCGCCGCCCUCAUCAAGAUUUGCCGGGAUUUCCCCCAGUUAAUUUUGCCGUGUUUCGACAUGUUUUACGCCCACGUGAAGGAGAUGUUCGCCGGCGACCCGAAGCUAUCCUUCAUGGAGAAAGGCGCGUUGAUGGAAUCUCUGGUCCUCAUCAGCAACGAGUUCAAGAAUUUUGACAAGCAGAAGGCGUUCAUAGACGAGCUGUUAGCUCCCAUCAUGUCUGAGUGGAUGUCUGACACUAUUAAACAAGUGCUGUCCAACCCCGUUCUGUUCCUCGCUUUCGUCGGAGCCGAUCGGGUGGUCGAAGAGCAGCUGGGAGAGGUGGACGACGUCGGCCUCAACAGGGCAAAGCUGGGCUUCUGUUUGAACACCAUGCUCUCUGUGAUCAAGCGGUCGCGUUGUCCCGCCGACCCGCAAGCGGCCGAGGCCGGGGGCUUCUUGGCGGGCUACUCGCCUUUAGGAGCGCCCAUCUACAAAAAUCCCGCUGCCGCCCAGUUUCUAGCCUUCCUGCCCAACCUGCUUGCUCUAAUCAGAACUCAAAACAGUUUAUUCAUGCCGGAGAACCGAGCUCGCCUGAGCGAGACAUUCACCCGAGUGUACGAUCUGAUGGACGGGGAGAGGAACGUAGUUCUCGGUUUGGCUAAUCCCGUUCAGGAUUCAUACGACACGCCAACUUUAAAAACCAACUUGGAACGCAUGCAGGGAUUCUUCUGCCAUAUGUUCGAAAACAGUUUUCACCUUCUAGGAAACGGCGGGCCUUCCCUGCAGCAGGAGUUCUACAACAUCGACGGACUGGCGGAAAAAAUUUCCGCCUCGGCUUUCUUCUCCCUCGACCACGUGCCGGACUACAGACUUCGGCCUAUUCUUCGCAUAUUUUUAAGACAAAUGGUGUUGUCGUGUCCGGCGGAAUAUUACGACAGUCUCCUGUGCCCUUUACUCGGGCCCAUCUUCAGCUUCAUUCUGCAGUGUUUAAAACUGAAGUGGAAUGUCAUUAACCAGAGAGCUGCUGCCAAUGGUGAGGAAGAAGAAGUGGUGGUGUGUCAGGAGAGUCAAGUGACGGAAGAGAUAUUGGAGGAGUAUCUGGUGCGCCUCCUCACUCGGGAGGUUCUGGACUUCAUCACUGCCAGCUGCAUUUCUCGAAAAGUUCCCGAACCGGCUGGCAGUAAAGAGGAAAUUGAAGAGGACGACGUCAUGAUGGACGCGACGCAAGCGUCGUCCACCGCUGCCGCCACAGAAGAACUCACCGACCUGGGGAAAAGCCUCCUCAAGGAUGAGAAUAUCUACAUGACGCUGUUGUCCUUUACAUUCACGUCGCUGUCGUGGAAGGACGGCGCUUAUUGUCACCGCACGGCUUCCAUCAUUUGCUGGACGCUUAUGCGGCAGGUGAUCGGCAUGAACCUCCUUCCCGAGGCCGUCUCCUGGAUCUUUGUCAGCGUCCUCAAGGGCCUCCAGAUGCACGGGCAGCACGAGGGCUGCAACGCCAGUCUCACUCUACUGGCCAUGCAGAUCUACGACAACCUGCGGCCUCACUACACCGAGCUUCGAGCGGUCAUGCACCAGAUCCCAAACAUCGACGUGAAGGCUCUGGACCUUUACGAUCGCAGGCUCCUGGAGCCCAACAAUACGCAGAAGGUCGCCGAGAAAAAGAGGAAAGACCAGUUCAGGAAGCUCCUGGCCGGGACCGUUGGGAAAGCACUUUGCGAGCAGUUCAGAAAAGAAGUCCACAUCAAGAAUCUUCCGGCGCUGUACAAGAAGGCCAAACCGGAGAAGGACGUGCUGUGUGGCGACGAGACAGCCGGGCUGACGGUGCUCUUUAGCCCGCAGCGAGACACUCUGUAAUUCCAACGUGGAGAAGAAUCCACUUUAUUUCGACUGUAAGUUCAAAAACAAAACCAAUUUUCAUUACAUUACACUGCAUUUUUGGUUUUUAACAGCGUUAAAACCGUUGUUUUUUUUGUCUUUGGAGGAGUGAGUCGACUUUCAUCCACACUAAACAUGUUUUGAUUAUGACAAAAUAAGCUUUUCCGGAUUGUAUAUUAUGUACAUUACGAUACUCGGUAUUGGACGUUUCUUAGCGGCAGCCCAAGUCAUUUUUAAGUUUGUUCAUGAUAUAUUCAUUUUGUGCCAAGGCAUCAGUUUUAACCCCUUGAUGGCUGAAUUUACAUGUAAUAAAUCAUCAUUGGAGGAGAAUUACAUGAGUGAGUCCAUCUCAUUUUGGUUCGUGGACCGCAUUUAUGGCAAUUGGAUCUUGUGCUAGUUUCUUUUUAGCUAAAAUCCGCGCUCUAUGUCAAAUACUUGAUUUUUUACGGUGCUUUAACCCCUCAACACCUAAGCCUAUUUUGGCCAAAUUUGCAUGCCUUUGAUGUUGCCUUUAUAUUUCAAAGAAAAAAUGUUCACAAUGUCGAGGUUUGGUCCCUUUUUUUCAGGACACCAUAAUCUUUGCGUCCAAACUGUUUUCUUCACUGACCAGUUAUAAUUAGGGUUGUUCCAAUCAUGUUUUUUUGCUCCCGAUCGUUUUAGUUUGAGUAUCUGCCGAUCCCGAUAUUUCCCGAUCCGACUGUUUUUUUUUUUUUGCUCCCGAUUCAAUUCCAAUCAUUCCCGAUAAUUUUUCCCGAUCAUAUACAUUUUGGCAAUGCAUUAAGAAAAAAAUGAAUAAAACUCGGACGACAUACACUACAUAAGUACUGUAUUUGUUAAUUAUGACAAUAAAUCCUCAAGAUGGCAUUUACAUUAUUAACAUUCUUUCUGUGAGAGGGAUCCACGGAUAGAAAGACUUGUAAUUCUUAAAGGAUAAAUGUGACUUUGUAUAUUGUGACGAAAUAUUGCCAUCUAGUGUAUUUGUUGAGCUUUCAGUAAAUGAUACUGUACCGUUCUGCCCAAAUGCAUGAUGGGAAGUGGAACCGUGACUGUGCGUAGUGGCACCAAUUGAUAUAUCUUCUCUGUGUUGGGAAAUAACAUAGUGUUAAGAAAAAAAAGAUCAACUACGGUACUACCUGCUUCCCCACAUUGCUCUCCACGAUAUUUCUAAUUGUUGAGAGAGGGAUUGUAAGACUUUAGCAAAUUAAAAAAAAUGCUCCAAAGACUGUCAAAUUUCCCUUUACUCAUUUUACGCUGCCUUUUAGCUCUAUAUAUAGGUAAUACGGCGCCAUUAUAAUUUGAACGCGACAAGGCGUGAGUACCCUUUAACGUGAUUAAUUUUAAAAAAAAUAAUUACCGCCGUUCACGCGAUAAAUUUGAUAGCCCUACUUUAAGCCAAAACUAACGACUCUGGAUGAGUGUAAGGCAUUUUGUCUGUAACGGUAAAUACAAAUAGAAGACGAUUUAAUUAAAAAAUACAUAUAUAUUAGAAAAAGGCAUGUCCGAUAUUUUUUUUGCCGAUUCCGAUACUUUGAAAAUGACGUUAUCGGACCCAAUCGAUCGGGACAUCUUUAGUUAUAAUCAACAUUUUGGACCCAAAAAGACAAAAUCUUUUGUCAAAAUUUGUAAUGUUGAUGUCUUAUUGACAACCAAACGUGCUCGACCAACCGUUUUGAAGCUUGAUCAUAGUUAUUCAAUUUGUUAGGAUAAACAUUCAAUAGACAAAAAAGACUGAAUAGUUUUAUGUUUGACAAUUCAACACAAACAACAGGUAUGGUCAUAGACGUUUUUGGCUUUUACACAUACUAUGGUCAAAACAAGUUAUAUUCACUGCUAAAGGGUGAAUAAUUAGGGCUGUCAAACGAUUAAAAUUUUUAAUCGAGGUAAUUACAGCUUAAAAAUUCAUUAAACGUAAUUAAUCGCAAUUCAAACCAUCUAUAAAAUAUGCCAUAUUUUUCUGUAAAUUAUUGUUGGAAUGGAAAAAUAAGACACAAGACGGAUAUAUACAUUCAACAUACGGUACAUAAGUACUGUAUUUGUUUAUUAUAACAAUAAAUCAACAAGAUGGCAUUAACAUUCUGUUAAAGCGAUCCAUGGAUAGAAAGACUUGUAGUUCUUAAAAGAUAAAUGUUAUUACAAGGUAUAGAAAUGUUAUAUUCAAGCCCCUCUCAAUGUUUUCGUUUUAAUAAAAUUUGUAAUGUUUUCAAUCAAAAAAUAAACUACUAGCUCGCCAUUGUUGUUGUCAAUAAUUACACAAUGCUCAUAAAAUCAGUCACAACAAAGCGCCAGCAGAAGGCAAAAAAAACACCAAAAAAAAACACAAGUAACAAGUGGACAUUUCCCUGUGCUGUCAUUUUAAUCUGUUUGAGCGGGGCAUGUGCCUUAAUUGUGUCAAAUAUUUUAACGUGAUUAAUUUUAAAAAAUAAUUACUGCCAAUUAACGCGAUAAUUUUGACAGCCCUACUAUAUAUAAAUACAUAUAUACAGUGGUAUGAAAAAGUAUCUGAAUCUUUUGGAAUUUCUCACAUUUCUGCAUAAAAUCGCCAUCAAAUGUGAUCUGAUCUUUGUCAAAAUCACACAGAUUAAAAAACAGCGUCUGCUUUAACAAAAACCACCCAAACUUUUAUAGAUUUUCAUAUUCUAAUGAGAAUAGUAUGCAAACAAUGACAAGGGGGGGGGAAUAAGUAAGUGAAGCAUCACAUUGAAUAUUUUGUGGCCCCCGCUUGGGCAGCAAUAACUUCAACCAGACGCUUCCUGUAGCUGCAGAUCAGUCUGGCACAUCGAUCGGGACUAAUCUUCUCUACAAAACUGCUGUACAAUGGUAUGGAAAAAGUGUCUGAGCCUUUUGGAAUUUCUCACAUUUCUGCCUAAAAUCACCAUCAAAUUUGAUCUGAUCUUUGUCAAAAUCACACAGAUGAAAAAACAGUGUCUGCGUUAACUAAAACCACCCAAACAUUUUGGUAGUUUUCAUAUUUUAAUGAGGAUAGUAUGCAAACAAUGACAGAAGGGGGAAAAUAAGUACGUGCAGAGCAUCACAUUGAAUAUUUUGUGCCCCCCCCCCCCGGGCAGCAAUAACUUAAACCAGACACUUCCUGUAGAUGCAGAUCAGUCUAGCACAUCGAUCAGGACAAAUAUUAACCCAUUAUUCUCUACAAAACUGCUAUAGUUCAGUCAGAUUCCUGGGAUGUCUGGCAUGAAUCAUUGCCUUUAGGUCAUGCCACAGCAUCUCAAUGGGGUUCAAGUCUGGACUUUGACUUGGCCUCUCCAGAACGUGUAUUUUGUUCUUCUAAAACCAUUCUGAAGUUGACUUCUGUGUUUUGGAUCUAGGGCUGCAGCUAUCGAAUAUUUUAGUUAAUCGAGUAAUCGACUGAAAAUUCUAUCGAUUAAUCGGAUAAAACAUUUUUUUAAGGUGAAGACCAAUUAUAUAUGCAAAAUGUUUACAGCACAAACCAGCACUAACGAGGCACAAACUAAUGACAACACUGGGGCUCCAUUCUGCCGUAGAUGGGGGGGGGGGGGCUGGGUGAACUCUGGAUAACCUAAAAAACAGUGUUUGAUAACUGCAUAACGAUGGCGGCACAAACGAAGGUUUUUGCAGCACAAACGUAGCACAAACGAUUGAUAUAAAUUUGCGUCUGAUGGGGGGCCAACUUCACGGAGGGCGAAUGGACGGCAGACACGAAAGCGAGCCGAGUGCAGUUCACGCACUCGAUCACACAAAUCUAUGGUUUUUCACUUCCAAUGUCAAAAUAAAAGCAUGUGGUCUUGUAUGUACAGUAUGAAUUGGCUCCAACUUGCCUGUGAUGCAGAAUAAUACCGCCAGGAGGCAGGAUUGGACAUGGAAAUAGAAAAACUAUAGAAAAUGGAUUUAAAAUAAAGCAUUAAAAAAUGAAAAAGAAAACAAGACCGAAGAAAUAUUAUCACUUAGAUGCAGUUUUGUUUUUGGCAGCCAUUUUAAUUUUUGUUUCAAGUACUUAUUAGUCUUAGUCAUAUUUUAGUCAUUUGAAAAUGUGUUUGUCUAGUUUUAGUCAAGGAAAACUCUUUCAUCCAGUAUUAGUUGAGUUACUCAAAAUGUUUUCUGUUGUCUGCAAACUUCAAAAGUUUUAGUUCAUGAAUCGAUAAAUAAAAAAAAAAUUCCAACAAUUUCGAAUGAACAUUGAGAGAUGAGCACAUAAUUGUAGAGUGUACAAGGACAUCACCAUCUUCGUGAUAAUACACACUCAGCAGGAAAACAGUACAUUAUUUUCAAUUAAUUAAACACACCUGGAUGCAACGAACCAUGUAAAAAGUUUUCCAAGAGUUUAAGACGACACCACGCUGAAGGAAUCUGACCAUAGGCGGAGUUGGGGCGGGGGGGGCACAACAUGUUGACCCCGAAACGCAGUGUCAACAAUAAAAUUAACUUACAAAGAUAUUUAUGAUAAUAAGUUGACAAUGAGCGUUUUUUUUGUUUCCCAUCAUUCUUGCGGGGAAUUCUAAAUCGGGCUGCUUAGGCAAUAAUUUUCACCAAGAUCGUCAUCCAUUGAAUAUGGUACGCCCGCCGGUGUCGUGCCAAUGUAGUUACCCCUGUCAAAAAUUGUAUCCCCUGGGCGGAGCCAUAUGGAGAUAGAUUUGUGUUUAUUCAAUCCAAAAAAAGUUGCUUCAAUUAAAAAAAAAAGUCGCUUCAAUCAAAAUAUAUAUUUUCAACCCCAAAAAAGUCGAUUCAAUUUAAAAAAAUGUGUUUGAAUGCAAAAAUAAAUUUGAAACUCCAAAAACAAAAAUGCAUUUGAAAGCUUUUUUUUGAUGAAGUCCUUUUUUGUUUUGUUUUUUAAACUCAAGCAAUCAAAAAAAUAAGCUGCUUCAAAAAAUAUAUAUUUUCAAAAAGAAAAAUCACUUCAAUCAAAAAAAGAAAAAUUUCAAUCAUAGAAAAAGUUUUGAAUGCGACAAAAUAUUUGAGAUUGAUAAAUUGCCAUUUAAACAAUUUUUCAUUGAAGUUUUCUUUGAAACAAUCUGUGUUUGGGCCAUAUUAUGGGUAGGACAUUUAUGUAAAAAUCAUUUAAUCCCCCCAAAAAGUUGGUUCAAUCAAUAAAAAAAUAUUUUCAAAGAAAAAAAUAAUUUGAAAAAUAAAAUUGCCCUCCCCUAUUUUUUUUUUAUUAUAUGCAAAGCAAAUGACCGUCUAAGGUGCUAGUCACAUGAUCUGUUCGAAAUAUAAUUAUGACCCAUUAUAAAAAUAUAUUUUUUUGUUCAUACCAUUCAUUUUUGUUGCUUUACAACUAAUACAUAAUAUAUAUAUUAUAUAUUAUAUAUUAUAUAUAUAUAUAUAUAUAUAUAUAUAUAUAUAUAUGUGUAUAGGAAAGUCAUCUAAAUGCAAUGACACUUUUGAGAUUAUUGUCUUUGUAGAUUGGGCAGGAGGAUUCGGGAGUUACUGUUGUACGGGCAAUGAGGGUAGUGGAUUUUGCCACCUCAGCGUCAAAGUGGCUCUUGGAGUCUUGUCAGUCGUAUUAUCGGUUGGAUAUCGGGUGUUCCUGGUGUUAGGACAGACCGUCCUGCCAUUUGUUGUGGGCUGUCCGGGAGAACUGAUUGCGAGACUUCGUCGUGCAGACGUGGGCAAAUGCUAAUGCUAACGUUACAAGUUACAUUUAGUGUGUGAUGAUCACUCAGCACAGACGUUUAAAGACUAAAGCAACAUGGCAUAUCCAGCCAAGAUAAAACAAAACCUACCAAGCAGCAUCUGAAUGUGUUUCAAAAAAGGUCAAUCCGGAGCCUGGAAAGGACACCGAUGAGUACGCAUGUGCGUGGGUGCAGCAUGUCACAUGAGUGCUACAACACAUCCUCACUACACAUACGAUAAGAAAAUGUCACACAUUGCGAAUUUAUAACAGAAACUAUGUCAAAUUUUCAUCUCGUCAGACAAAAACUGGCAUCCAUCUCAUUGCUUUUUAGUCUCCCAAGACACGUUUUUAUUUAAUGCCAUGAAAAAAAUGUUCAUAGUCUUGGAUUGGACGUCUACUAGUGAUAUCCUAAUUUCUAUUCACAGCUGAUGGAUGAUUGGAAGUUGAAUUUAAAUUCAGGAAUCAAGGGGUUAAACAGUCACAUAAGAACACAAAGAAUUGAAGAAGAAUGAAAUAAAAAAAAAAAACAGUGCGACAUUCCUGCAUUAUCAGAGCAAUUUAUUUUUUUAUUUUUUAGAAAGUGUAUUAAUUUGAUGUGUCACUCUUAAGGAGCUCGGAAAGUAGGAAAUCUCUUGAUGUAGAUUUAGCACUUUGUCGUUUGAUUUUUUUGUUUGUUUUUUCUGUAUGCAUGCAGAACAGGCAGCUCAAAUAUUGUACCAAACAUUUGUCUUCAAUAAAAGUUACUUUGUCUGUAAAAAAAAAAAAAACAAGGUUUAGUGUGGUUGAUAUUUUGUUUUAAAAAAGAAUAUAUGGCGGAAAAGACGGACAAGACUGAAAAACCACUUUCUGCUCUUGCACCCCUCUUUAAAAUAUACUAGGGCUGUCAAACGAUUGAAAUUUUUAAUCGAGUUAAUUACGCCUUAAAAAUUAAUUAAUCGUAAUUAAUCACAAUUCAAACCAUCUAUAAAAUAUGCCAUAUUUUUCUGUAAAUUAUUGUUGGAAUGGAAAGAAGACAGAUAUAUAUUCAACAUACUGUACAUAAGUACUGUAUUCGUUUAUUAUAACAAGAAAUCCAUAAGAUGGCGUUAACAUUAUUGACAUUCUUUCUAUUAAAGGGAUCCACGGAUAGAAGGACUUGUAGUUCUUAAAAGAUAAAUGUUAGUACAAGUUAUAGAAAUUUUAAAUUAUGUUAAUGUUUACAUUUUAAUAAAAUUUGUAAAAUUUUCAAUAAAAAAAUAAUAGAGCUGAAACGAAUACUCGAGCAACUCGAGUUUAAAAACUGAUCCGCGUAAUUUUAUUCACCUCGAGUAAUCGUUUAUUUUGACAGCUCUAAGCAUCACAUUUUGCUUGGACUAUUUUUAAUGCGGGACAACGCGCUGAUGUCACGUGCGUAGAGGAAGAAGCAAAAAAAAACUUACUGCAGCUGACAGCCGCUACAAACGACGCCGACGUUGCUAAAUACUAGCCCGCAGGUAGCGUCUGAUGAGCCUCAUAGAGAUCACAUGUAUGUUGAACUAGAUGCGAAAUGACAGACUCGGCCGCCUCUGGGCAGCGUUAGUAAACAGCCUCCAUCUUAAAGCAGUAGAGCGCUAAGCGCUAAUAAAGAGCGCUAAGCGCUAAUAAAUAAGAUUUACGUUACACUAGCUCAAGUAACGUUAGCCCUGCGGAGGGCUAGGUUUCUAUUAAUUAUGACCACUUUCGAUGCGUGGCUAACGUGUCUUACAUACAGGCUUUAACAUAACAUAGCGUUGUGGAGUGAUGAGGGUGUAAAAUAAAAACUCAAUAAUGCUAACUAUCAAUUUUAGCUCAGUAGUCAUUGCCGGAUAAAACACCAAGUAGCACUAGUCCCUAAUGUGCUCCAAUACAGCCUGUAUCAUACAUUUAUGUUGAACACUGCAAAAACUCAAAAUCCUAUCAGGACUUACAGUUUAGACUAACUUAAAACUUAACUAGAACUUAAAAAUGGCUUGACACAAAUAGAAAUUCAAUUGAAACACGUGGGAAAAAAUCCUAACUUUUGAGUGAUGUGUGUUAUCAAGCGUAAAGGCAUUUUUAGGUGUGUAUAUAUAUAUAUAUAUAUAUAUAUAUAUAUUUUAAAUAAGGUCUAAAGGUUUUUUGAGUGAAAGCAGUGAAUUUCAGUCACAUCUGACACGCAACUGUUGGCUGUUUUCAACAAUAUACAUCGAAAAUAAAGACAUUGAUUGACUGAAAAUGGUUCAAGAUUUGAUGAAAUGUCUUGUUUUCACAUGUAUAUUUAUAAUUGCUCUUCACCUAAAAAUAUAUUUGUUUUAUCCGAUUACUCGAUUAAUCGAUAGAAUUUUCAGUCGAUUACUCCCUUACUAAAAUAUUCGAUAGCUGCAGCCCUAAAAAAUAAACUAGUAGCUCGCCAUUGUUGAUGUCAAUAAUUACGCAAUGCUUAUGGUGCAUAGAAUCAGUCGCACCCAAGCGCCAGCAGAGGGAGACAAACAACACAAGUAACAAGUGGACAUGACACUGCUGUCAUUUUAAUCUGUUUGAGUGGGGCAUGUGCGUUAAUUGCGUCAAAUAUUUUAACGUGAUUAAUUUAAAAAAAUAAUUACCGCCCGUUAACGUGAUAAUGUUGACAGCCCUAAUUUUGAAUAAUAAAUUACCUUCAUUUUAUGGCUGGAUUGAAACAAAAGUGGUUGCGCGACGUCUGUAAAUGGGGGUUUCUAGGGCAAAACGGACAAAUUAAAAAUAGUUCGGGGCUUCAUGCGCCAUGAAUCUGCUUUGGCAGCAUAUAGACAUAUUGUUCUAUCAAACACAACAGUUGUUUUGGCUUAAACAGCAGUUUCUUUUAAAGAGGAGUGCAAGAGCAGAAACUGCUUUUUCAGUCUUGUCUGUUUUCUGCCAUAUAUAAUGUGUGUUGCGGUUUUAUCGAUUGUUUGUUUUUUGUUGUUAUAAUUUCACACACAAAAGGGAGACAUUAGUAAAGCAUCUCUGAAAAUAUCAGGAGUGUGAAGUCUAGCUGUUUGGAUCGCCGAUGCGAGGCCAUUUUACAGGUGGUGACAGUGCAGUGGAAACUUUUCACCACAAGGGAGCGCACAAACAUAGACGCUUGGCCGUCGUUCGUCGCUGCUAACAGAAUAAAUUGGACGGCAAAUGUCAAUCAUGGGUGUGUUUAUGAAACGGAAUUAAAACCGAUUUGGCGGUUGUGUAUGUUUUUAAUUUCAGUGUUGUAAGUGUUAAUAUGGUUAUUAUUAUUUUACAAAGCAACUCUAGCCCGUCGCUGCCAACCACUCCCAGUCCAAAUGGAUUGGACGUCUAAUAAGAGUUCAAAUAUUCUUUUCAUGCAAGUCUUAUUUAAAACGGAUGUCAAACCUGCGGCCCGGGGGCCAGAUCUGGUCCGUUAUGUCAUUUAGUGUGUAAGAAAAAAAUUAAAAAAUUGAAAGAAUAUUUUUCGUAUUACUUAAUGAAAAUUUCCUUUUUUAAAUGAAAAAGGCACAUGAUAAAUAAAAAAAAAACUUUUAUAAACUUGAUGAGACUUGUAAUCUUUAACCCCAAAAUUCGUCCAACACAGUCCAUUUGUAAUGAGAUUCCAUUGACAGCCGUCUACGUCCAAAUUUCCCAUUCAUUUUCAAUGGCAGGAAGACAUGGGCCCUUGUGAUUUUUGACCAUUUACCACUACAGCCCAUUGACUGGCGCCCAAGUAAGUCGAUGCCAUUGACAGCCAUGUACGUCCAAAUUUCCCGUUCAUUUUCAAUGGCAGAAAAACCUGUGUGGUUGUGAUUUUUGACCAAAAGACUUACCAUUACAGCCCAUUGACAUUCAACUGGCGCCCAGGUAAGUCCAUGCCAUUGACAGCCAUGCAACAGGACGUGUCCCCGAAACGUCCCCAAAUCAACCUGGGCGGGUGUUAGAUCUGUAGAUUGCAGUUUCUAGUUAGUAAAAAAACUUUUUUAACUUAACUGGCGAUGAUAAACGUCCAUUCAUGUGGCUCUUUAAAUUAAAACUCUUGACAUUAGUUUAGCACUAUUAGACAUCCAAACCAUUUAA